UCGGGACCCUGUGUCUGGGGGUCAGGGCGGGCAGCGGCCGUUGGGGAGGAGCGACGGGGCGGCAAGAAACGAUCAGGCGCCAUGGGCAGCUCCCCGAGCCGCCAGAAAGAAGGCCCCGCACAGAAGAAGGCCCCGCAGAGGAAGGCUCCGCCUCUGUCGAUCCGGGGCUGCUGGGGCCGAGGAGCCGGGAUGCCGCUGUACGAGGGCCUCGGCAGCGGCGGGGAGAAGACUGCGGUGGUGCUCGACCUGGGCGAGGCCUUCACCAAGUGUGGUUUUGCAGGUGAAACAGGACCAAGAUGCAUUAUUCCUAGUGAAAUAAAGAAGCCUGAUGUUUCUAAGCCUAUCAAAGUUGUUCAGUAUAAUAUUAACACAGAAGAGCUAUAUUCAUAUCUGAAGGAAUUUAUUCAUAUGUUAUAUUUCAGGCAUCUGCUGGUGAAUCCCAGAGACCGUCGUGUUGUGAUCAUAGAAUCUGUCCUCUGCCCUUCACACUUCAGAGACACGCUCGCACGAGUCCUUUUCAAGCAUUUUGAGGUACCUUCUGUUUUGUUCGCUCCAAGUCAUCUAAUGUCUCUCCUGACACUUGGGAUCAAUUCUGCAAUGGUGCUAGACUGUGGAUAUAAAGAAAGCUUGGUGCUGCCCAUUUAUGAGGGAAUUCCAAUUCUGAGCUGCUGGGGUUCUCUUCCUUUGGGAGGAAAGGCAAUCCACAAGGAGCUGGAAUAUCGGCUGUUGGAGCAGUGCACGGUUGAUACAGGAUUAGCCAAAGGACAAAGCCUUCCAUCUGUAAUGGGCUCCGUUCCAGAGGACAUAGUAGAGGAUAUAAAAGUUCGCACUUGUUUUGUGAGCGAUCUCCAACGUGGACUGAAAAUCCAAGCAGCCAAGUUCAACAUUGAUGGCAGUGCUGAGCGUCCUUCACCACCUCCAGAUGUGGACUAUCCUUUAGAUGGCGAAAAGAUUCUCCAUGUAGUUGGCUCCAUCAGAGACUCAGUUGUGGAAAUACUGUUUGAACAGGAUAAUGAAGAGACAUCUGUAGCCACUUUGAUCUUAGAUUCCCUCAUUCAGUGUCCCAUAGACACCAGGAAGCAGUUGGCAGAGAACUUAGUGGUUAUGGGUGGCACUGCCAUGUUGCCAGGAUUCCUACACAGACUCAUGGCUGAAAUCAGGUACCUGGUAGAAAAACCGAAGUACAAAGAAGUCCUUGCCACUAAAACCUUCAAAAUUCACACUCCACCCGCCAAACCCAACUACGUGGCCUGGCUGGGAGGAGCCAUUUUUGGAGCACUUCAGGACAUCCUUGGGAGCCGAUCUGUGUCCAGAGAAUAUUACAGCCAGACAGGGCGCAUCCCUGACUGGUGCUGUCUCAGUAAUCCUCCACUGGAGAUGAUGUUUGAUGUUGGAAAAGCACCCCCACCGCUGAUGAAGAGGGCUUUUUCUACUGAGAAAUAAGCACCUAAAUGCUACACGAGGAUUCUCCUCAUCUGUUUCAAGUACAUAUGUAUAUGAGUAGGAUUUUUUUUAAUAUUAAGUAAUUUGUGUGUAAUGCCAUUAAAUAUGACCGCUCUGUAUGUUUUGGGGGUGUACAGUGGUACUAACACUAUGUUUAAAACCAUGUUCAUUUAUUGUUUAAAAAUUAAUUCUGUUAACUACUAUGCUACACUGUCACCUUCUGGAGAAAUGUGUGUGGUCACGAGUUGUAGCUUCCCGAGUUCCUGCUAUUUAUCUGUGCAGUAAAUGACAUCGUUAAGGUGA